AUGCCAGCACUUCAAGAUAUAAGUAGGAUAACAAGAAAGUACGAUGCAAGUGUUGUGGAUCACUUUGAGAAUCCUAGGAACGUUGGAUCUCUUGACAAAGCCGACCCAAGGGUUGGAACAGGAAUAGUCGGUGCUCCGGCCUGCGGAGAUGUGAUGAAGCUGCAGAUCAAGGUGGGGAAGGAUAACGUGAUUGAGGAUGCAAAGUUUAAGACCUUUGGAUGUGGGUCUGCCAUUGCCUCUUCAAGCCUGGCAACAGAAUGGAUCAAGAAAAAGACGCUAGACGAGUCACUGAAGAUAUCCAAUAGAGAUAUAGCAAAGAAGCUCUCUCUGCCGCCCAUAAAGCUCCAUUGUUCCAUGUUGGCCGAAGAUGCUAUUAAGUCGGCAAUCAAGGACUUCCUUGAUAAAAACAGGCCGUCGUCAUAG